AUGGUAUCAGCGGACGUAGGCCCAAUUGGGACACCUACUCGCGCCGAGCGACCCUUGUCACCCUCGACCUCCCCCACCUUUUCCCGUUCCGCCUCCGUCACUCUCGAGCCGUACGACUCGCCGCUCAAGCCCACGCACGCAGAUUCAACUUACGCCUCGGGCGGUCAGGAGACGGACUUAGCAGAGGAGGACGAGGAUGGAGAUCUCGGUGUGCGACUGAGCAGGCGGGACAAGGGUAAGGGGAGGGCGGUAGACGAGGAGGGACAGCCUGGGAGCAUGCAGAGGAGGGAAGGAGAGGUGCAAAUUCAGGUGCAGGAGGAAGCGGACGAGGUUGACGACGCCGCAGAGGAGCGAAGGGUGCAGGAGAACCUCGCACGAUGGUCCCGGGCAGACGCGAAACGACGAGCGUCGCUGCGACGCUCGACGACGAAACUCGUCUACCCUUCUCUCCCUUCUCCUCCGCCUCUUCCCCCGGCCUCCACCUUGAUACGCCGCACAUCGACGCUGCUAUGGACCGGCAGCACACGUCGACGAGGGACGGGAAGCGUGGAUGCAGAAGAGCUGGAGCUUGGCAGAGCCGGGCAAGCGGCGGGAGAGUCGAGCGUGUCGGACCGCCGCGGCAGGCGACGACUGAGCGUCAAGAUCGAUUCUGGCCGAGACGGCUCACUCGAUGAACAGUCUGAAGCCUCACCUGCGCCGCAAGAUACGAAAGGAUUCGCUCGACUGGCGGAGGAGGAUGAGGAACUCGCACAAACACCGAUCUCGGAGCGCCCGUCAGCCGACUCCGCCCAGAAUCCCUUCUCCUCGUCGAACGCCUCCUUCGCGACUUUUGACACGGCCCAAACGCAGAAGACGAUUCGUACGACCCGGACAGGCUCGCGCUUCGUCGAAGACCUCCCUCCUCUGCCGCAAUCCCCACCUUCGCCUUCUUCGUCCCUGAAUCGAGAUCCGUUCACCUCGCCUCACGCUUCACCGUCCAAGCCGGCACAUCACAUUGUCGACGUGAUCGUUACGCACCCCACCCCUUCCCGCCCAACACCCUUCUCCCGCCCAUCUCAGCAAAGCGUCGCGACGUUCGCCUCUACCACCGCACCUUCCUUUGCGUCCGAGGCAACUACGAUGACGUAUCAUCGCCAGCUCGGUCGUCCAGACUCGCCUGAAGCGUACAGCACAGGCUCGAGUCCGCUCGCUUCACCUGGCCUUGGCAGCGCACGAAGACGGCGGGCAGGCGGUCGCGAAGGAGAUGGUCGAAGCGACUCGAACGACUCGUAUGGUCGACAAGGGCUUGAGAAGGAAGAAGAGAUCGGAUGGCUUGAUUGGCUGCUGUGCGGAUGCUUCCGGACGGGGACAGGGCAGCGAGACGAGGAGGUCGAGCAGCAGGGGCGGACGAAUCCAAUGGAGUAG